CAUGUUCUUCAAAGCAAAGUCUUAGCUCAUCCCAAGGCUCCUAGAUCUCAUAUUCUUCCUCUAGAUCUCUCCUCUGUUGACAAACUCUUACUUCAUUAUCUUAUUGUUCUUGAUCAUUUGUAGAGAUGGAUACAGUGAAGAGCUUGGUUGGUGAAUAUCCUGUGGUCAUCUUCGGCGAUAGCUCAUGUUGCAUUUGCCACUCCAUUAAGGAACUGAUACGCGGUUUUGGGGCGAAUCCUAUCGUUUAUGAGCUCGACCACCAUCCAGAUGGAGACGAAAUCGAAAGGAAACUCGGAGGAAAUCAAUGUUUACCUGUUGUGUACAUAGGGCAGAAGUUGGUCGGCGGUGCGAAACAGGUGACGAGCCUCCAUGUCAGGGGCGAACUAGUCCAAGAGCUCAUCCGCGGUGGAGCUAUUUGGGUGUAGCUAGAAUCAUAUAUAUAACUAAACAAAGCUCUAAUACAAUGUUAUUGCGAGUAUAAGAACCUAGUAAUUAAAGGAGAAUAGUAGCAGUAUGAGAAGUAGUCACUCGGACUAUAGUUUUACCAGUUGAGUUUGAUGUAAUAUAUAUAUAUAUAUAUUGUAUAAGAGGUCACACUACUCACGUUUUGGCAUUAAUAUGUAAGGCAUUAAUAUGUAUUUCCUUUUUAUGUCUUAUGGAGCAUGAGUACGUAUUAAAAUAAAAUGAUAGU